AACGCCAGUUUGAACGUUGACGCUCUGGGAAAGUUGGGAGGAGUUAAAAGAGAAAAAAACCUGGAAGAGGGACAGAGCAGUUCCUCUUCGCAGUGAGCGCUGUUGCCUGUGCACAGGCGAGCAGAACGGAGCUCGAACAGGUUUUGCCGGGACUGGUUUUGGCCUUAAAUCUGAAAAGGGCAGGGUGGAGACCAGGAAUGUGACGCGGCGCCAUACCACACUCACUGGACUGGGGGAAACGAGUCUUCCCGGCCUGAACAUCAAGUUAUCUUAGCGGCCACUACACACAAGCGCCUGGUUAAAGACUCAAAGAUUGUGCCCCCUGCUCCAUCAUGGCCCAUCGCUCCCAGUGUUCUUCAGUGGGAGACAACCCUCUGGAUCCUAACUAUCUGCCACCACACUAUCGGGAAGAGUACAGACUGGCAAUAGAUGCUCUGGUGGAAAAUGAUCUUGACGGAUACUAUAACUUUCUGCAAAACGCUAAUGUUGUUGAUUUCCUGUCAAGGCCAGAAAUUGAGCAUAUUAAAAAUACUGUGCAGUUGCCACAAAGUGUUGCAUCUGUACCAGAACUGACAUACCAUGAAAUGAAUCAGGAGGGCUCAUCAGACACAUACUGGCCACUGCAGUCUGACUUGGAUGCUCCAGGUUUGGAUCUUGGUUGGCCACUGCAACAACAUAGUUUUGUUGGGCCCACUGAAGUUACAACACUGGUAAACCCCUCAGACCCUGAAAUGCCCAGCAUCAAGGAACAGGCCCGACGGCUCAUUAAAAAUGCACAGCAGGUCAUUGCCGUGGUAAUGGAUAUGUUCACAGAUGUUGAUAUAUUUUCUGAUCUGCUUGAUGCGGCUCAACGGCAUGUGCCUGUUUAUAUUCUACUGGAUGAACAAAAUGCCCAUCACUUUGUUGCCAUGGUGACGAGCUGCAAAGUUAACCUGGAUAUGGUUCAUAUGUUGCGGGUGAGGACUGUUUCUGGCAUUACAUAUUUCUGUCGCACAGGAAAGUCAUUUAAAGGACAGGUGAUGGACCGCUUCCUACUAGUUGACUGCAGAGCAGUGCUCAGUGGGAAUUAUAGUUUUAUGUGGUCGUUUGAGAAGAUACACCGCUGCAUAGCUCAUCUGUUUUUGGGAGAACUUGUGGCCACUUUUGAUGAGGAAUUUCGCAUUCUCUUUGCUCAAUCCCAGCCUCUUGUUGUUGAAAAUUCCCUGGUGCCUAUGCCUCCUGACAGCACUAGUAGUUACUUAACCAACCAGUUUGGAUUAAAAAGGUCGCAAUCUCUGAGGAAUCCUCGAGGAUUUCUUCGGCACUCUGAGCUUUUGGGAUACCCAUUUGGAGGAGACCGCCUUGAUACUGCUCUGCCCUUCAGAAGGGAUGACUCAUUCCGCCACUCCAUUGAGCCAGGAGGUGUUAGUUUGCAGGUUGGCAAAUUCACUUCACAUCAGAUGAGAAUGCAACAGUCUUUCUUGGAGCAAGGAAGGCCAAUGAUUGCUUCUCGUCAGCUAGAAAUGAACACGUAUAAAAGGCACAGCUAUGCUGAAGGCACCCGUGAGAGCUACUCAUCUUCUCGACAGUACAUGAAGCAUCGUGUCAUGAACAACUUGGAUGAGAUUGACGCACAGUAUCAGAGAGACCAACAGUUCUAUCAAAUUGAGGGUACAGGACCAGAAACUGGACGCUUUGACUCUCUUCGGAGCUCUGGUCUUUACCAACUAGAUCAAUACUCUGACCCUAUGUAUCAACUUGAACUAGAAGCACCAGAAAGUCACAAUGUCUUAUCAUCUGAAGAUCUUAGCCAUGAUCCAGAAAGCAGGCUUCAUCAAGGUGUGGCUCAUUUUGGUCAACCAAACCAAAAACGGCCAACUCUCAGUCAUGCGUAUGCCUGUCAGAGUUCGCCCACUCAACUUCAUCCUCCUGACCAUAAACAAAUGUUCCCCAGUGGAGAGCAGGGAAGACAGUCCCAAGACCCAAGUGUUAAGCAGGGAUUGCGGAGCUGGAGGAUCAAUUCCUAUCUUAAUACUUAUGAAAAUGCUGGGGAAGAGGGCUUGCAACAGCCCUUAGGCCCAGAUGCUUUUGAUGAGCCACAACAACAACCUGAAAACAGACAGUACAACCCAGAGGCUGCAGGGCUUCGCUUUAACACACAAGAACCACCUAUCAUACAAAUUAAACCAAAACUUGAUUUACGGCCUCGCUUUGGUAAACCCAUUUUACCAGACAGGAAGCAAGUUAAAGAUAUAAUCACUGAUCAGGCUUCUGCAGGAACGGAUUCUCAAAAGAAAUCAGCUAUUACGGCUAUAACACUCACACCAGCAGAAACAGAUAGUGAAAAAGAGAUGGAUUUAAAGGAUUCAAAAAAUUCAAAGGAGAUCAGCAUCACCAAACAUGAAUCAUUCCGGAGCCGCAUCAACCCAGUGCUGCAGAGGAGCUCACGGUUACGCUCCUCCCUCAUCUUCAGCUCCUCAAAGGUGGAGCAACACAGCUCCGCAGCGUUUGGAGAGAAGCUACAAGAGGAUGAAGAGAACAACUCAAUUAGAACCUCUUCAAUUGUAGCAGAGAUUUUAGAAAAGAGGAGGUCUUUUUCCAGGGAGCCUUUUGACUGGAAUAAGCAUAAAAAGAUAGAUGAAAAAGACAGUAAGGAGUUGGUACAAGCAGAGGUAACUUCUAAAACAGAGGAGGACCCUGCUAAGAACACUAAGGAAAUUAAAGAGGAAUCUAAGAAUCCUGUGCUUGAAGAAAAAGACAUUACAAAACAAACAGAGCCUUCAUUGCCAAAACUGAAAACCACCUCCUUGGACAUGAAUGAUCCAGCAAGCCGUCUGCAGUACUUUAAAGAACUGUCUAUAAAGAGAAAGAACUCAAAAACAGAGGAAGCUUUAAAUAAAAAUCAAGAGCCACUUUCAAAAAAGCCAGAUCUAUCUGAUAUUCAACCAAGCACAGCAGCAGCCACAGUUCCAUCUGUUUCAGUUACCCCUGUGGAUCCCUUCUCAACAACAACAACAACAACAACAUCAGCAACAGCAACGACAGUACAAAUAGAUUCUGCUGCAAAGCCCUCUGUGGUAACAACAAAGUCAAUGCUUAGUGAAGAAAAAAUACACAAGGGUAGUUCUGUGCUGAUGGAGGAGUCUACAGAUGCAGCAAAGAAAGAGACGGCUAAGGAACCAAAGUUACCAAAACCCUUUCCUUCACCCAAGUUUACACUGAAACCUUUCAAAAGUUCUCAUACACGUCGCACCUCAUGUGGCGAAGAUAUUCUCACAGAUGCAACAGAUGCUGAAAAAAGUGAACUUAAAAAGUCUCGAAGCCUCAGCUCAUCAAGCAUGCCACAGACAGAGCCCAAGGAAAGUCUUACCUUAAGUCGACAGGGCUCCAACAUAUCCCUCAAUGUUAUAGGCUCAGAAGGAAAAGAUACAAAGGCUCUUGAUUUUCUGAAAAAGCAAACACAGAGACUAAAGGGUUUUCUUGGGCCCAAAGGAGAGAAAAAGAAUGCAGGAGGGUUAAGUACUACAGAUGACAAGCAAAUGAAAACUGUCCCAGAGGAAACUUCCCUUAAAGGGAAAGACACGCACUCAGAUUCAGUGUCAACAUCAACAACUGACAAUUCCAAAUCAAUCAAUAAGCCAAGUCCAUCUCGCUAUCAGUCCUCUACCUCUACUGUUCUAUUCAGCAGCAACCUCAGGGAUGACACCAAGGUAAUCCUUGAGCAAAUCUCUGCAAACAGCCAGAAGAAUAGACAGGAGCUGGCCAAGCAAGCUGAUGAGACUGGAAAUGCUGAGGGGGAAAAAGGAGGUCACAUUUCAGACCUUGAUCAUGAGCCAUUCCAGCGAUACCAGAAUCGAAACCGGUUCAACCGAGCUCAAGCCAACCCUCAGGAGCGGGACAGCCUACUGAAGAGAAUAGAGAGUAUGCGCAAAGAGAAGAAGGUCUACAGUCGCUUUGAGAUGGGGAAUAACCUUGGAUAACAAAACAUGGCAGAGAGGCAUACAGUCUACAAAAAGGUUGGAGACCUCAAAGAAGUGCCAGCAACUGAUGUGAUAAACUCUGAAAAUGAGCAUCGAAAAAACACAACCUCAAAUCUGAGGAGUCUGACUUACGUGAGAGGGAUAUUCCUCAGACUGUGCCAAUCUGGGGCCCGCCGUCAACUCGCUCUGCCCUUAAAAGGCAUCAGUGCACAUUGCCUUAUACCAGAAAUCAAGCAUUAUCCAUGCUGGAUAUAUAAACACAACUGGCCAAACAAGUGUUUGAAUUUUUAGAAGUUUUAUGAUUUUUUGCAUAUGUCAGUUUGUGCAGAGUUCAGUUUUUGUGACUUUUCAAAAUUACCCCAUUCUCAGGUGUGUAACGUGGACUGACAUGCCUAGACAAAAGUAUAAGUAUGGCAUUAAGAAAGAAACCCACAAAAUCAUACACUCUACUCCAAGACACAUCAUACUGCAGCCACACCUGUGGUUUAGCUGUGCCAAUGGAAUACAUGUAUUAAAGAGUCCAAACAAGGUUGGUUGAGGGGGAAGAAAACUCAGCUUGAGGGGAAAACAAAGCAACAUGAAAACGUAGAAGGGGAUGGUACAAGAGAGGUAAAAGAGAGAAUGUGAGUGUAAAAAUCUCAACACAGGACACUGUGACAGAAGGGAGAAUGAAAAGAAAAUGUAAGAAAAAGAAAGUUUUGAGGUUCGUUAAGGCUGUCAGGGUCACUAUUAUGCUGGCAGACAAGAGUUAAUAACUGAGGGCAGACAUGAUCUUAUCUUAACAACAACAACACAAAUUUGAGGAUAUUCACUUUUGAAUUAUUCAGGACCUACAUUGCUCUCCCUAAAUGGUGGGACAGUCAAGUCAAAACUGUAAACAAAUUUGCAAAACUAUGGAUUAAAAAAACAUGGAGCAAAAUUUCAGAAUAUGAUACUUCUUUUUUGGGUAUUUUUGAGAAUAUAUGUUUAGUAUAUUAUAAUCAGUAGUAGUUUUUGACUUCACUGUUUCAUUACCUUUGGAAGACAAUGUACUGUAUAUGAGUAUAUGCGUCAAAGUUGACAUUUCGAAGAAAACCCUGACAAUGAAAGGUGAUUUUUAUCGUACAUGGUUAGAGAACUAAAGUCUCAGGACUGGGCCUAGGCUCUACUUUGUCAGUGCAAAGUCUUAAUUAUAGUACCAAAAAAGCCGGUACUGUUAAAGACCAAAGAACCCCCAAUGCAUCUAAUCAGGUGCAAGCUGUAAAACAGUAGGUAUUUGAUAGAGGUAUGAUUACAUUUUACUAGUGAGACUAUGCUGAUUAUACUUUUGUCUCCAUUAUAAAUUUUGGGGAACAUAUUGUACAUUUUGUAUUAUGUGAACAAAUAAAAACUGAAAUUCUGAA